CCCCGCCCAGGGCCUGGCGUCCGCUCUCUGCGUCGACCCACAAUUCCCGCCGCGGCUGCUUCCAGGCCGCAGUGUUUGCCCGCGGGAGUCUGCGCCGGAGCCUGCCGGCCGGCGCGGGUGACAUGCUGCAAAAACCGAGGAACCGGGGCCGUUCUAGCGGCCACGCCGAGAGUGUCAGAGACUCGAGCCAAGGCGGAGACGCCCGGGCCCCCAGAGACUGCGUUGCCGAGGAGGCCCCGAGCACGUCCCGCGGGCCGGGCGGCUCGCAGGGGCCGCGGGGCUCCUCGCCUCAGGGCGCCCGCCGUUCUCUGGCCGCCCCCGCCGUGGGGCCCAGGACCCAGAAGCAGCUGGAGCUGAAAGUGUCCGAGCUGGUGCAGUUCUUGCUGAUUAAGGACCAGAAGAAAAUUCCGAUCAAGCGAGCCGACAUACUGAAGCACGUCGUCGGGGACUACAAGGACAUCUUCUCCGACCUCCUCACACUGGCCGCCGAGCGCCUCCAGUACGUCUUCGGGUACAAGCUGGUGGAACUUGAACCCAAGAGCAACACUUACAUCCUCAUCAACACCCUGGAGCCCGUGGAGGAGGAUGCCGAGGUGAGGGGCGACCAAGGCACGCCCACCACGGGCCUCCUGAUGAUCGUCUUAGGGCUCAUCUUUAUGAAGGGCAACACCAUCAAGGAGACUGAAGUCUGGGACUUUCUGCGGCGGCUAGGGGUCUACCCUACCAAGAAGCAUUUAGUUUUCGGAGAUCCAAAGAAACUCAUCACUGAGGACUUUGUGCGACAGCGUUACCUGGAGUACCGGCGGAUACCCCACACCGACCCCGUGGACUACGAAUUCCAGUGGGGCCCACGAACCAACUUGGAAACCAGCAAGAUGAAAGUUCUUAGGUUUGUGGCCAAAGUCCAUAAUCAAGACCCCAAGGACUGGCCAGCACAGUACUGCGAGGCUUUGGCGGAUGAGGAGAACAGGGCCAGACCUCAGCCGAGUGGCCCAGCCCCAUCCUCUUAAAAUCUGAGGUGGAUUCAGAGGGACUCCCGGGACAAGAGUCUGAGACCCAAAGGCACAUUGUACAGGGAUGGGGGAAGGGAGAACCCAGGGAGCGUAUUUCUGUAACGCUUCAAUGUGUGUAGCUUUAGGAUGUGUUUGCAAAGUUUUGUUCUUCAACGUGUUAUUUGGUUCCAGAUUUUCAUUUAUAAACAAAGGAGCAUUUGUUUUGUUUUGAUUUUACUGUUUUUCAUAUGAAAAAUUUUGCUAGCUUAGUAAAACGAAUUGGAAAACUUGACUGUGAUCAGGAACAGAUAUGCAAGAAGAAACACAGUGAGUUGCUUUGCUGCCAAAAAAAUAAAAGCAAGGUAGCUAUUAUUGGGUCUCAUAACUACCCCAGUUUGUAAGGAAAAAUAAAAGUUUUUAUAAAAUUAAAAAUAAAAACAUAACUACUCAUAUCCUUAUUACCUUAACCUAUUUUUUUUUAUAUUUCCUACAUAUGUAAGUAUUAUUCAUGGUUCCAAGCAAUGAACAUAAUAUGUUUUCUCCAGAUAGCAAUUGUUUAUAUUCAUAAUUAUUCAGCUUGGUUGCUAAACAUGUAGUUCCACUUAGUUUUUUUCUUCUUACUACUCUGUUAUAAUAAAUGUUGUGUUUUUGAAGCACUUAA